GAGUUGGCUGAAACUGGAAUUGAACUUAUACUACAACUGAGAUUAUGACUGAGAUUAUAUCUGAGAUUAUAGCUGGAAUUAUGACUGAGAUUAUAUCUGAGAUUAUAGCUGGGAUUAUAGCUGAGAUUAUGACUGAGAUUAUAGCUGGGAUUAUAGCCGAGAUUAUGACUGAGAUUAUAGCUAAGAUUAUAGCUGAGAUUAUGGCUGAGAUUAUGACUGAGACUAUGGCUGAGAUUAUGACUGAGAUUAUACUAAGAUUAUAGCUGAGAUUAUGGCUGAGAUUAUGACUGAGACUAUGGCUGAGAUUAUGACUGAGAUUAUAGCUGGAAUUAUGACUGAGAUUAUAUCUGAGAUUAUAUCUGAGAUUAUAGCUGGAAUUAUGACUGAGAUUAUAUCUGAGAUUAUAUCUGAGAUUAUAUCUGAGAUUAUGGCUGAGAUUAUAUCUGAGAUUAUAUCUGAGAUUAUGGCUGAGAUUAUGGCUGAAAUUAUGGCUGAGAUUAUGACUGAGAUUACGCCUGAGAUUAUGGCUGAGAUUAUGGCUGAGAUUAUGGCUGAAAUUAUGACUGAGAUUAUGACUGAGAUUACGCCUGAGGUUAUGGCUGAGAUUAUGGCUGAGAUUAUGGCUGAGAUUAUGGCUGAAAUUAUGACUGAGAUUACGCCUGAGAUUAUGGCUGAGAUUAUGACUGAGAUUAUGACUCAGAUUUAUAUAAGAUUAUGGGUGGGAUUUACCAGCGUCUUGGCUGAAGACUAGCUCAGAUUCAGCUGAAAUUCGGCUGAAAUAUAGCUCAUGUUGUGACUGAGAUUUACCCGAGAUUAUACCUGAUUUGCCUGGAUACUGGCGGGUGAAACCUGCAAGGU